AUGAAAGAAAAUUGGACUCUCCCACGAAGAAAAGCCGUGUAAGUUGGGUAAACAUUGUUUGAAGGGAGGUUAGUUUAUUAAAAUACGGUAUCCGAUGAUCAAUUAUUAUUUUUUAAAAGCUGUUGCACUUAAUGAUGACUUUAAAAUUUUGUUAAAAUUUUACAGUCGUUCAGUAGGCCGUAUAUCAAUUUGUGAAAAUUGGAGCUUGCAUUUUAGAGUGCGGGAUCUGAUCCAGUUGCAAAAAACGUUCCAUUUUGCAUCCGGGAAGUAUCAAAAAUGUGGCAAAAUGCCUCCCUCUCCAAGUGCAAAACUCCGAUUUCAAAAGCCGGAAUCUUUUCCGGCUUUUGAAUCCCGCCAGCUAUGUUUGCGAGAGGAAGGGCGCGCAGUACAAAACAAAGGUUUUUUCACUUGGAGAGGGAAGCAUUUUGCCACAUCUUUGAUGCUUCCCGGAUGCAGUAUUUUACGUUUUUUGACACCUUAUCAGGUCCGUCACUGUACGUAAAAUGUGGAGAGUCGGACAGACGAAAGGUGCUUUUCAAUUAUAUUUUUUUGGACCUGCAGAGAAACGAUUAAUUUUUGGUUGAUAAUACAUUGUGCAACUCAUUUGAAAGAUGUAUUACCACAUGUCUUGAAACAGAAGUUUUUUUUGCACAUAUGCCAUAAAUAAUCUGCACUAAAUUUGAGCUGAAUUUAGAUGAAAUUGAAAAGUGAAAACUCGAGGUAAAACACGUUGUUUAUCCUAUUUGGAUGACUAAAUUUUCAUCUAAUCUAAACCGAUAUAUAAUAUAUAUAUAUAUAUUCCAGCUGGUCCGACGUCCAACUUUCGACCUGCUCAAUUUGCCUGGACGAUUGGCCCAUCAAACCAGUGGCUUGUCGCCGCUGUAAACAAUGCAUUGGGUGCGGAGAUUGUGUCGAUAAAUGGUGCAAUGAGCGGCUAUUCUCCUCCCCAACCUGCCCGUUAUGCCGAGAACGAUGGCUGAGUCGAAGGGAGAUUGUGGAGAUGGUCGUACUUCCUGAAAUUCGAUAA